AUGCUCGGAAAAGCUUCGGACAUUCACCGGAAAAUUUGCUGCAUUUCAAAGCAGAAAAAUAUCUGUUCUGCAUACCCUCAGUCCGACGGAGUCCGGCCGGAGUCCGCUCGGAAAAGCAGUGGCAGCGUAAAGACCUCCCAAGCAGCCUGGUGGAUCCAGUCCACCCAAAGGUGGUCUGUAUAUAGUGCUCCAGGAGGACCUAUUGCGCCAUCGUCUAUUCCUCCUGUCAAUGGUCCUGCACCUACUGGUGCUCAAGGAGUUCCUGCACCAUACUCUCAGCCACCCACUGGCAGCAAUGUGCCAGGAGGACCUCUUCCUCCUCCAGCAUCAUCAUCUCUCCCCCCCGUCAAUGGUCCUGCGCCUACUGGAGCUAUAGGAGGACCUGCGCCAUACUCUCCGCUACCCACCAACAGCAACGCCCCAACUGAUCCUAAAACUCAGGGAGGACCUGUCACUCCUCCCGCGUCAUUGACUAUCUCUAUUGUCAACAGUCCUGCACCCACUGGAGCUCAAGGAGGUCCCACAACAUACUCUCAACCACCCACUGGCGGCAACGCACUAGGAGGGCCUCUUCCUCCUCUGGCAUCAUCGUCUCUCCCUCCCAUCAAUGGUCCUGCGCCUACUGGAAUUCAGGGAGGUCCUGUGACAUCUUCGCCACCCACUGGCAGUAACACCCCAACUGAUCCUAAAUUUCAGGGAGGACCUGUCGCUCCUCCCGCAUCAUUGAAUCUCAACGAGGUCCCAUCCUCGUCUCUCCCUCCCGUCAAUGGUCCUGCACCUACUGGAACUCAGGGAGGUCCUGCGACAUCUCCCCCACCCACUGGCAGCAAUGCUCCGACUGAUCCUAAAAUUCAGGGAGGACCUGUCACUCCUCCUGCGUCAUUGACCGUCCCUCUUGUCAACGGUCCUGCACCCACUGGAGCUCAAGGCGGUCCCACAACAUACUCUUCCCCAUUGACUAAUGGCACAGUUGCUCCCGCACCGAAUUACUCUGCAGGACCCGCCAUUCCUUCCGUCGCUCCUACCAUUCCACAUAUCUUUGGACCAGUCUUGGUCCAAACUGGUUACAACCAGUUCAAGACCGGUUUUUCAGCUAAAUAUGCCAUAAAUUUUGCAAUUCUUUUAAACGAGUGCAAGAACGUGCGUUUUGAAGGGCUAUUAUUCUUGGGACUGGACUUCCAAGCACUAGUUCCACAGGGCAACAACACCCCUUCCAUGUCCCCAGCGGGAUCAGUUGUUAAAGGGACAGGUGUUCCACAGGAGGAGUGCACUUCUACGCUUCCUCCCAAGGGUCCCGCUCCAGCUGCUACUCCAUCAGUUUUUUAUUCCUUACUUUCUAAGCGCUUUCUGACGUGGCUUUUCGAACAGAUCUACGUAUACGUAUUGAACAUGAACGUGUUGAACAUUGAUCUCUCCAGCUCCGAAUUGUAG